CCCGCUGGCAUGCUGUCUGACCCCCGCACCCGCCUCGCUCCGUCUAUUUAUAGCGCUCGCCGCGCCGGCCCUUUUCGGGUAGUGUGGCCAGUCAGGCCCGCCCGGCCGCGCCCUCGCGACCCCGAGGCGUGUCCAGGCAGGGCGCCAUCGCGGCGGAGCGAGCGGGGCCGGGCAGCAGCAAGAAUAUUUCAUGGGAUCUCUGUUGAUUUGUGAGGAAUCAGAAAUGCAAAUUGCCCCUCAGGAAUCAAGCUAAACUCAGAGAAACCUUACUCAGAAAUUUCAAGGAGUGCAUCAUGGAGUGCAAGACUGAGGGAAAAGGGAAAUACCAGCAUAGUUUGAAUUUACUAGAUAAAAUUAAGAAUAUGAAAGAAUUAGAAGAAAUGAUUGAUGUAGUGCUCAUAGCAGAAGAGGAGAAGUUUCCUUGCCACAGACUGGUCCUUGCUGCAUUUAGUCCUUAUUUCAAGGCUAUGUUCACCUGCGGACUACUCGAGUGCACUCAGAGGGAGGUCGUGCUCUAUGACAUCACAGCAGAAAGUGUAUCAGUGAUACUAAACUACAUGUACAAUGCAGUUCUGGAGAUCAAUAAUGCCAACGUACAGACUGUAGCAAUGGCCGCCUAUUUUAUGCAGAUGGAAGAAGUCUUUGGUGUGUGCCAGAAAUAUAUGAUGGACCACAUGGAUGCCUCCAACUGCAUAGGAAUCUAUUAUUUUGCAAAACAAAUUGGAGCAGAAGAUUUAUCUGAUCAGUCGAAGAAGUAUUUAUAUCAGCACUUUGCUGAGGUAAGCCUACAUGGAGAAAUACUAGACAUCGAAGCUCACCAGCUUCUGGCACUUAUUAAGUCUGAUGAUCUGAAUAUUUCCAGAGAAGAGAGCAUUCUGGACUUGGUUCUCAGAUGGGUAAAUCAUAAUCAAGCACUGCGCACAGGGCAUCUCGUUGAGCUUUUGAAGCAAGUCAGACUGGAACUUAUAAAUGCUUCCUUUCUAAGGCAGGCUCUGAGAAGGAACACGAUGCUCCUUUGUGAUGGCAGUUGCAUUGACAUAAUCCAGAAUGCAUUCAAAGCCAUCAAGACGCCCCAGCAGCACUCCUCUAAUCUUCGCUAUGGCAUGGAGACCACCAGCCUUCUGCUUUGCAUUGGGAACAAUUCUUCUGGAAUCAGAUCACGGCAUAGGAGCUAUGGGGAUGCCAGUUUUUGUUAUGACCCUGUGUCACGGAAGACCUAUUUUAUCUCAUCACCCAAGUAUGGAGAGGGUUUGGGAACAGUAUGCACUGGGGUAGUUAUGGAGAACAAUACUAUAAUUGUGGCUGGAGAAGCAACUGCCACUAGGCUUUCAAGACAAAAGAGCAAGAAUAUUGAAAUCUAUAGGUAUCAUGAUAGAGGAAACCAGUUUUGGGAAAAGUUAUGCACAGCUGAAUUUCGAGAGCUCUAUGCUCUGGGCAGCAUCCAUAAUGACCUCUAUGUCAUAGGAGGACAGAUGAAAAUUAAAAACCAGUACCUCAUUACAAACUGUGUUGAUAAGUACUCCAUAGAUCAAGACAACUGGAAACGAGUGUCUCCCCUCCCACUGCAGCUGGCUUGUCAUGCUGUGGUAACAGUGAACAAUAAACUGUAUGUCAUCGGCGGCUGGACCCCUCAGAUGGAUCUUCCUGAUGAAGAGCCUGAUCGAUUAAGCAACAAACUAUUGCAGUAUGACCCCAGCCAAGAUCAAUGGCGAGAGCGGGCACCCAUGCAGUACUCUAAGUACCGAUUCAGUGCAGCCGUCGUCAACAGUGAGAUCUAUGUUCUGGGUGGAAUUGGCUGUGUGGGCCGAGACAGGGGACAAGUUCGGAAAUGCCUUGAUGUGGUUGAGAUCUACAACCCUGAUGGAGACUUCUGGCGGGAAGGCCCGCUUAUGCCGACUCCCCUCCUCUCACUGCGAACCAAUUCCACCAGCGCAGGCGCCGUGGAUGGAAAGCUCUAUGUCUGCGGGGGAUUUCACGGAGCAGGUACCGGCCCACCUAUAAAUAUAUUGUGAACCUUUCACCUCCACUAUCUGACUUGAUGGUCAGAGCUUGUUCUCCAGAGUAGUGAGACACUGGCAAGAGUCUGGCUUUCAGAGCCCAGCAGCCUGCAACAGAUCCCUAGAUUCUCUGGGGCUUCCCCUCCAUGAAAUGGUGAGGACUGUCUGGGUUCAAGUUUAUAAUACAUCUAGUACAUGGCAGCCACUGGACCCAUAGUAGUUGAGUAUGAAAAGAAAAGAAGUAGAAGAGGAAGGCAAAGAAAGAUUUCCAAACAGGAGGGGCCUGGAAGCAGAGGAAUGGCUGGACGUGGUGAGUGUUAUGUUUUCAGCUACCAAUUCGGAAGACCCUUACGCUGCCCACUACCAUCGAGUGAAGUAAAUUCCUCAAAAGCAUUUCUAAAAUGAUGCCCAGUGUACACACUUACUACUGAGUGUACACAUCCCAUAGCAUCAUUGCGUUCCGAAGCACGGUACAAAGAGGCUUUUAAGCAUGCACAAAUCUAGAAGCCAAUGUCUCUAAAGCCUCAUUGCAUCAGUGAAUAAGGCAGAAGAAUGCCUUCACAGUAGACUGACUAGCUGAUUCUGACCUCACCAACUGAAGUGUUGAGCCAAUAUAUACCCGUGAGACACAUGCCCCAGAGCACAUACAAUUUUGAAAGAACUCAGAUUAAAAUAAACUUGCCUUCAUUUUGUAAGUAGUUUUGUAACUAACUUAGAAAAUGAGACUUUCAUUGUGAAUUAGAAAAGACUUAGUGAGUUGGGGAUUUGGCUUUCUCGAGAAAGUACUUGUCUUGCAAACAUGGAAACCUGAGUUCAAUCCCCAAAAACACAUGUUAAAAAGCCAAAAACAAAACAAAACAAAAAAAAGCCAGAAACAUGGUGGAACAUUCUUGUGACUUCAGUGCUUGUGAGAUGGGAGGCAGAGACAGGCAGAUAGCUGGAGCUACCUGACCUAGCCUAAUUGGCAAAGUUCCAGACAAGUAAGGGUUGUUUUAAAAUUGUGUUGCAGUUUCUCUUUUAACACAGCUAGCGCCCAAAUAAUUGAGACUGAACUAUUAAAUUUGUUUAAUAAGCUUUACAGCACAACAACUUAGCAAUAUAAGUCUACAUGAACCCUUUAAACUAGUCUGGCUUUCUCUUUGCCAAAAUUCCCAAGACACUUGCAUUUUAUGGCUUUCUCUGCUCCAGCUAUCAUGUCUGCUGGACUACUCCCAUUGCUCAAUGCCAAUUCCUCUCCCCCCCCCCACUCUCUACUCCUCUUCCCUCCUCUCCUGGCUGGUAGGAAGUCCAGCCCUAUUCUCUACCUUGCUCAGUGACUGGCCAUUAAGAUGCUUUGUUGGCAUAUUAGGGACAAUUGGGGAGCAAAGUUUAGACAAGAGAUUCUCAGAACAAGGACUGCAACCAGAUAUGGGGCAUAGAAAUCAGCAUUUGAAUCUGCACAGUGCACAAUAACGUUAUGCCUACACUCUCAACACUGAGGAUAUCCUCUGACCUACACACACACACACACACACACACACCUUCAACGGCAACCAAACAAGAAACUUAGAAGAUAUAUCAGUCAAAUACAGAAAAUUUUUGUUCUUUAGUCAAACCUCUCAUGAAAAGGUGCUUUUCAGAUAGUCUGGACCAGGGUAUUAAAGGAUAUUAAGGAGUUGUUUUAGGAAUGAUAAUAGUAUUGCAUUUUAUAUAAGUCAAAAUAAAAAGAAUAUUCUAGACAAUUAGAAAUUAUAUUUAGGCCAGGCAUGGUGACACAUGGUGGCAUACACCUGGAAUCCCAGCACUUGGGAAGCAGAGGCAGGUGGAUCUCUGUGAAUCUGAGGCCAGCCUGGUCUACAGAGCGAGUCCAGGACAGCCAGGGCUACACAGAGAAGCCUUGUCUUGAAAAUAUAUAUAUAUUUAAGUAUGUGCAGGUGAAAAUGAUGUAAAUAUUUGCAAGUGAAAAUGAUGCACUAUCUGAAGUCUGCUCUAAGGCAGAUUUGUUUUUAAAUUCAAGUAUAUGCACGUAUGCCACAUGAGUGCAGGUGACCUUGGAAGCCAGAAGAGGCUGUCAGAUCCCUCGGAGAUGGAUUUAUAGGUAGUUCUGAACCACCCAACAACCUGGGUGUUGGGAACUGAACUCAGGUUUUCUGAAAAAUAAGCAAGUGCUCUAAACCACUGAGCCAUCCCUGCAGCCCUCCAGCAGAAGGAGGAGCCAGGAUCCAUUCUGGAAGACUGUUGAAUGAGGCAAUUGUUAGAGCUGGGUUAAUGCCUUAAAGGCUAUGCUGCCUUUACCGUUUCACUACUGUGUGCUGUAAAGUUCCUAUCAUCCAUUUGUCCUUUAGAGAACUUUCCCAGAAGGUCUUUAAAUUUUUUUCAUUACAUUUUAUUUAUUGUGUGCAGUGUGUGUGGGUUCGAUGAUUUGAGUGUGGAGGUCCAAGGCCAGUCCAAGGGAGCUGGUUGACUGUGAGGGUCCUGAGGAUUGACACUUGAGGAAAAACACAUAAAGCAGAGUAGCACGAAAAAGCAGGGACGAUGCCAGGAGAGGCAGCAGCCUGACAGGUACAAGUAAAUGCUGUGUUGAAGGGACAGGGAAUGGAGAGUGAAGAGAUUUACUGGAAAUUAAUACUUAUAACAAAUUGAAUCUACACUAAAAUGUUAGCAAAGAUAGUUGAGGAAACUUCCCAGAAAUUACAGAAUACCAUAGUUUCUUAUAUGACUCAGUUUACCAAAAUAGCUAUAGCUUGUAGCCACAUACAUUUGGCUACUUUAUAUAUGUUCCUAUAGUUACCAUCCUUCUCCACCCCAGUCCCUUCCAACCUCCCAACACUAGGUGGGUGAUAAAGAAAGUUGGAGGGGAAAGAGGGUGUAAGGAAUAAGAGUAAGGAAUAAUUGUAAAAUCAGAGGAAGAGAAAUGAAGUCAGGAGUUCCAGCCUUGAAGUAACAGAACCUCUGGCAAAGAGAACACAGAAAGAGCACAGAAAUGUGUCAUCCACAGAGUAGAUUAAUAAAAAUCUCAGAACUGCAGUCACUAGUCUAAAGGAAGCUACCAGAUUCCAUGGAAGCAGAUACAAACUGACAAAGCCAAAGCACAUCACUGUGACAGUAGAGACAAACAAAAGAUUCUAAAAUGUUCUGUCAUAGGAAGCUUUUCCAUUGAACAUUUUAAAUGCCAUAUUUAGCAGAUCUCUGACAAGUUUGAGUACCAAUUUCUAAUAAGUAUAUCUGAGCUCAGCAAGCCUUGCUUAUUUCUAGUUACUUGCUUUAGGCUUAACCUUGAAAAUGUAUACAGGAAACUAAAUAAGACUUAUUUCUG